CGGAGCUCAGGCCGAGGGCCCGCCCCCUGCGAUAGAGCGUGUGGCGUCACUUCCGCCUCCCUCUUCACUCCUGGUUACCCGGGCGAGCGGUAAGGGAUUAGCGUGUGGGCCGACCUCCUUGGAACCAUGGCGUCCCUUUCUCUUGCUCCUGUUAACAUCUUCAAGGCUGGAGCUGAUGAAGAGAGAGCAGAGACAGCUCGUCUGUCUUCUUUUAUCGGUGCCAUUGCUAUUGGAGACUUGGUAAAGAGCACUUUGGGACCCAAAGGCAUGGAUAAGAUUCUUUUAAGCAGCGGACGAGACGCCUCCCUUAUGGUAACCAAUGAUGGUGCAACUAUUCUAAAAAACAUCGGUGUUGACAACCCAGCAGCUAAAGUUUUAGUUGAUAUGUCAAGGGUUCAAGAUGAUGAAGUUGGCGAUGGAACUACCUCUGUUACUGUUUUAGCAGCAGAAUUAUUAAGGGAAGCAGAAACUUUAAUUGCAAAAAAGAUUCACCCACAGACCAUCAUUGCGGGUUGGAGAGAAGCCACAAAGGCAGCAAGAGAGGCUCUGUUGAGUUCUGCAGUUGAUCAUGGUUCUGAUGAAAUUAAAUUCCGUGAAGAUUUAAUGAACAUUGCGGGAACAACAUUAUCCUCAAAGCUUCUUACUCAUCACAAAGAUCACUUUACUAAGUUAGCUGUAGAAGCUGUUCUCAGACUGAAAGGCUCUGGUAAUCUGGAGGCAAUUCAUGUCAUCAAGAAGCUAGGAGGAAGUCUGGCAGAUUCCUAUUUAGAUGAAGGCUUUCUGUUAGAUAAAAAAAUUGGAGUCAAUCAACCAAAGCGAAUUGAAAAUGCUAAAAUUCUUAUUGCAAAUACUGGAAUGGAUACGGACAAAAUAAAGAUAUUUGGUUCUAGAGUACGAGUUGAUUCUACAGCAAAGGUUGCAGAAAUAGAACACGCAGAAAAGGAAAAAAUGAAGGAGAAAGUUGAACGUAUUCUUAAACAUGGAAUCAAUUGCUUUAUUAACAGGCAAUUAAUUUAUAAUUACCCUGAACAGCUGUUUGGUGCUGCUGGUGUCAUGGCUAUUGAGCAUGCAGAUUUUGCAGGUGUGGAACGCCUGGCACUUGUAACAGGUGGUGAAAUUGCUUCUACCUUUGAUCACCCAGAAUUGGUGAAGCUUGGAAGUUGCAAACUUAUUGAGGAAGUCAUGAUUGGAGAAGACAAACUCAUUCACUUUUCUGGGGUAGCCCUUGGUGAGGCUUGCACCAUUGUUCUGCGUGGUGCCACUCAGCAAAUCUUAGAUGAAGCAGAAAGAUCUCUGCAUGAUGCUCUUUGUGUUCUUGCCCAAACUGUGAAGGAUCCUAGAACAGUUUAUGGAGGAGGCUGUUCUGAGAUGCUGAUGGCUCAUGCUGUUACACAACUUGCCAAUAGAACACCUGGCAAAGAAGCUGUUGCAAUGGAGUCUUAUGCCAAAGCACUGAGAAUGUUGCCAACCAUCAUAGCUGACAAUGCGGGCUAUGACAGCGCAGCUCUUGUGGCACAGCUCCGAGCUGCCCACAGUGAAGGCGAUGUAACAGCUGGACUAGAUAUGAAAGAAGGUACCAUUGGAGAUAUGGCAGUACUGGGUAUAACAGAAAGUUUCCAAGUGAAGCGACAAGUUCUUUUGAGUGCAGCUGAAGCAGCAGAGGUGAUUUUACGUGUGGACAACAUUAUCAAAGCAGCACCAAGGAAGCGUGUCCCUGAUCACCACCCCUGUUAAUAAACACUUCCAUAUGCUGUUGAGUUCUGGACCAGUUCGUAGUGAAGUUGUGUUUGAAAUGAGAAGGUUCAGCCUUGAAGACUGUGGAAUCAAAGUGUAUCUCUGGCUGUUAAAUCCUCAAGUUUGAACACUUAGCUGACCUUCGGUUUUAACAUGAGUCUAAUUUAUUUGCUGUUUCAUUUUCCAUAAAAUGUAGUUGAUUUAAAAGUUCAUGUCUUGAUAUUGUGCAUUAAAAUAAAAGUUUGAAUAAUUAGUGCUUA